UACUCCGCGACUUUGUCUUCAUUUCGCGCAGCGUGGCUCCGUUUUUCUUUAACGAGUUCGUGAAUUUUGAGGUUAAGCGCGACGUUCACGAGAUAAAAGAUGACGGAUAAAAACAAUUACAGUGUACAGCUGGAUCCGGAAACAAAAAUGUAUUGUACGUUGCAUUUGUUCAAAAACGUAGAAAACACUGCUGAAAUAAGGAAAAAAGUUAUCUCUGGCGAUCUCGCAUGUUGCAUUCUGAAACCUGCGUAUAUAGCGGAUCCAUUUCAGAUUGUAGUAGCCGCCAAUAAAGCGGCUAUCAAUGAAAGUUGCAAUCGGUUGAUUACAAAAAACAAAUCUACAGAGAUCCUGUUUUAUCUCUCAAUAACCAAAAAUAUAUCGAAAUCGUUAACGGACUUCGGAGCAAGCGACAACGAUAAGAAUAUAUUGGUCGUAACGAUUCACGAAGCAGAGGAACGAGACACCGUAUCAAAAAUGAUCGUCGAUAACAUAAAAGGGGAAAGACUAGCGUUAGAGGAGCUGAAAGAAUUGACAAAUUUGGAACUUGCAAAGAGAUAUUAUAAAAUCGAUAACGAGGAACUAAAUGUAUCCACUUGUACGGAUUCGAUAAUAUCUAGGAUCGCUUGCAAAGACUUUUCUUCGUCGAGAUCGUAACAGGUCGCAUCAGAAGUGAGAAAAGAUCGUCGACGAUAGAUUCGUAUAAGUUUAAAAAGUAACGAAAAGAAAACGCAAAAUGCAAAAUGUUCUAUGCUUACCAAACCAAAUUGAUAUUUUAUUUUAUUCCUUCCGUUUAAGGAAGUCGACUAACUCUAACAUAAGAACACAAUAGAACGUAUAUAGAACCAAACUCGAAUCGCAGUUUAUAUCUUUAAAUCGACUAAAGCGAAUAUUUCGCUUUUCAUCGCGCUCGAGUGAAGUUUUCAACAAAGAUUUCAAGUUCUAUAGCACGAAACAACGAGAAUCCAAGUUGCAUCGGUACUACUACGCCGAUCGAAAGGACGUUUUACCGUAUCGUAUCGUACCACUGACGUUUCGUAGAUCUCAUUUCAGAAUCUAGAAUCCAGCUACGAGAAAACAUCUUCGUCGUCUCUGUAAGAACAUAAAGAUUUAAUCAAUUUUCAUAUUCCCUUUGAAA